AUGGCUACUGGGAUUGCAGUUGUUGAUAACUGGGUCAGCGUUCCUGACCCCAGAAUCGCAACACAGCAACCUUACUACUCGAACUACUCAGCACCUAUCAGAUAUUACCAGCUAUACAGCCCGGCAGGUGUAGUUUGGGAAACAAAAACCUUGAGCUCUUGGUCAGAAUGGAGUUGCGAUCACGACGGCCCAUGUUGCGGGUGCGAUUGCGAUUGCCGGUCUGAGAAAAAGGACAAUGAUUUGGGAGAUCGAUAUGAACGCGGGACCCAGAACAAACGCGGCGCUCACGGUGCUGCCAAUCUACAGGACCACAGAGUCAACCACGAGCCAUCACCGUCCUUGAACGUCGGCGACAAGCACAACACUCAACAAAAUGUGCGACAACCUUCAAACAGAGAAGCUUUCCAGCACGGUAAACAAGACCUUUCGUCUAUGGAAGACCUUAUAUACAAUAUCGCCAAGCAACAGCGCCACCUGAACGACGCUCAGAGAAGAAUACAAGAUUGGAUCACGGCCAUGCCUGGACUUGUCAAAACCAACAUGGAUCCAGCAACAACACAAAAGACCGAAAAGCGUGGUUGCAAGAACUGUAAAGAAGAAAGAAAGCGAGAAAGGCGGAGUGCCGGCAAGGAGAAGAAGCACAGGAGUAAGCAAGAGGAAGAGAAGAAGAAAAGAGGAAAGUCUAGACGAUGA